GCUACUACACUAGCUAGUUGCUGUCUUUGAACGGUCGACGGGUCGAGCCCGGUAGUCUAACGUAUGGUGCAUCGCAGUUGCAAGCCAUGCCAACGAGUGGUGUUACAGAUGCGCACGAUGACCCCAAGCAAAAAUUGCAAAAUUGAAGAAGAACCUAGCAAAAGCAGUGCGCAUCUAAAUAUUAUCAGCCUGACCAACGGCAACGGCAGGACCCCGCCGGUGCACCGAACUCCCGGGGCGCGCGGGGCCGGCUAUAUAUGCACACAACACAAAGCUUGGACCGGGCCGGCCGCGUGUCGGCUCUCCACUAGCAGCUCCGAUCCGCCAGCCAUGGAGGCCGCCGCGGGGCCUGAGAAGCCGGACCACCCCGCCCUCGACGCGGCCACGGAGCCCGGCUGCCUGCUGCGGCGGCGGUCUGCGCCGUGGUCGUCGUGGCUGUCUGCCUCAGCCGCGGGGCUCGUCGCGGUGGGGCUCGGUGGCGCGGCGCUGCUGGUGUGGUGGGCGCUGGCGUUCCACCCGGCGAACGCGCGGCUCUGGAUGGUGCCCGCGGGGCUCGUCCUCCUCGGCACGCCCGUCCUGGCCUGGCUCUCCCUCCUCGGUUCCGGCCCGUGCGGCCGCCAGGCGCCACCGCCCGACGCUGGCGUCUACGCGUCAGCUUAG